AGAUAAAAACAAUUUUACUAGUUAUCAGUAGUUUAUGUUGAAAAUCUGUUCGAUUAUGACCCUAUUACUUAGAGUGAUAGAUAUGCUCAUUUAAAUGUGCACGAAUGUUUUUUAGUCAUUUUCUUUAUGUGGCCAUAAUAUGCCCUAACAACUCAAAAAAAAAAAAAAAAAAAAGUUUAAUGUAUAGUUAAAUUAUAAAUGGCUUCUUCAGGUUUCCUUUUCCUUUGGUAGAAGUUUCCUUCCCAGACUACUUGCUACGAGGGAAUCCAGUUAAUUUUGAGCAUUCUAAAUUUGGUUGGACAUAUGAAGAUUUAAAGCUGAAUAAUAUUUGGUGAACCAAAAGUGCUGAAGAUUCAUUAGAAAUGGAAAAUUUCAGUGCAGCAUGGAAUCAGAUUGAUGACGAGACUGAAGUUAGAUUUAGAGCAAUAAAUUUGUCAGAAGGUCAUGCUUCAUCAAGCAAGAACUUUAGAAAACAAACUGAUGCUUCCAGUGAUGUCCCACAAGGUGUAAAACCAAAAAUAGCUCAAGACAAUGUUACAAAAAGAUCAGGAAACCAAAAACACAACAAGACAAGAAAUAAACAAUUUGCUAAAACUCCAGUUUGCGAAUCCAGCAAAAAAGUAAAGGACAGAAAUCUUAAUUUCCAGCCUAAUAAAAAAAGCAAUAAUGAUUUUAGAAUGAAUAAACAACAAAAUUCAUCUAGUAAGGCAGCUCAACAUGCAGGAAUUGAAAGUAAUAACCACAAUGAGAACUUGAAACGAGAAGUAAGACCGAUGGGUUUUCGUAAAAUUUGUGAAUUAGUUAAUAAAGAUCCAAACGAAAUAGUCCUUACUAUAUUAAGUAAUACUAAUGGUUUUGAUCUUUUGUUAGAAAAGACAGACAUAACAAAUGAUUUAAUGGCACGAAUACUUAUCUUAAUAGGAAAAGCAUGCGCAUCAAAAAUGAGAGAUAAUGUUAGUGCUAUGAUUAAUAAAAUCAGUAGCAAAACUACGUUCAUUUUUAUGACUCUUCAAUUAUAUCUGGCAUGGUUACAAAGAUGCCCCAAAAUAGAGGAACACAAUAUCGAUUCUUUAAAAUUUUUGGUUGAAUUUUUGGGAACAUUUCAACAAUCACAUCCUUCAACUGCAUCGGAAUGUUUGAUUAUUUUACUACCCAUUAUACUUCUAACUUGCAAUGCAUGUAUGAAAAACAAUGAAAAACUUCUUCACACAAUUGUUCAAAGAAUAAAUUUCAUAAAAGAUCAGAAUGAACAUUUUUUGAAAAAAUACACGAUUGAAGAAAUAAAACGCUUAUCUCGUAAAGAAGCCCUGCAGAUGCAAAGCCCUCCGGAAAAUUACCGUUUACUACCCACUUUACCCAAUAAAGAUGACAUUCAUCAAAAGUGUAGGUUUUUGCGUCCUAAUAUCAUAGAGGGGAAAUAUCAAGACGUUGAGCAUUAUCUCGAUGUUCAAUAUCGCUUGUUACGUGAAGACUAUGUGAAACCAUUGCGUGACGGCAUUACAAAAUACUUAAUGUUAAAACAGCUCCAGAAAUCCUUUAAAAGCAGUGGUGAUGUGCGAAUUUAUAAUGAUGUUCAUAUUAUAAAACAGGAAUUUGCUGGCGAUGGAGUAUUACAUGUUGCCUGCUUUGAUGCAACAAAGUUUUCUAAAAUACGGUGGGAGUAUAGUAAGCGUUUUUUGACUGGGUCCCUUUUAUGUAUGUCUUCCGAUGAUUUUAAAACUAUGCUGUUUGCUUCAGUAGCUCGUAGAGAUGCAGAGAAUCUAAAGAAAGGUUUGUUGCUGUUAAGAUUUGAGGAAUUAACAGACGAAGUAUUAAACUUGAGCCCUUUGAGAAGUUUUGUGGUUGUAGAAACUGAUGCUUACUUUGAAGCUUAUAGGUAUAACUUGAAUGCCCUCCAUGAACUCAACAGCAAUAACUUACCUAUGCAGCGCUAUAUUAUUAAUGCUGAAAGAACUGUCUUAAAACCAGAAUAUUUAGACCGUGACACAACUUAUGACAUGAGGCCAUUAUUUUUGCCUUUAAACCAACAAUUAAGAAAUGGCAUGCUUUUGGAAAAAGAACCUCAAAUGUCUUACAAAUUUACUUCAAAUUUGUCAAACAUGAAAUCAAUUCCUGUUAUGAAUGAUUCAGCUUGGCCAAGUAAAGAAGAUUUAGAUCUUGAUUCUUCUCAAUACAAUGCACUAAAAAAUGCAGUCACUAAAGAAUUUGCUGUAAUACAAGGUCCACCUGGAACCGGUAAAACAUUUAUAGGGUUACGGAUUGUUCAACUUCUUUUGCACAAUAUUGACAAAUGGCAGGAUCAAGAAAAGAAAUCUCCAAUAUUAGUAGUAUGCUAUACAAAUCACGCUUUAGACCAGUUUUUAGAAGGAGUCUUAUUUUUUACUGAAAAAAUUGUUAGAAUUGGUGGUCGUGGGCGCAGUGAACAUAUGGCAAAAUAUCAACUGAAUAAUUUGAAAAAGCACGCCAAGGAAACUGGUAAUGUUUUGCGUUACCUUAAGUCUGGUGUAUGGGAGAAAUAUAAUGAACUCAAUUGUUUAAAGGAGCGAAUCCAUGAUAUUAAUCGCUCUGUCGACAAAAGUCUCACAUGCGUCUUGAGUGAGAGUGAAUUGGGUGGACUCAUUCCGGAACAUCAUUAUCAGUCUCUUAAAUCUUAUAGCAGACAUCUAGAAGAUGAUGGUUGUCUUAUUUAUGAUUGGCUUGGUGUACGUGGAAGUUCAGCAGGAGCAAUACUUUACUCCAAUUUCUUUGAAAAAUUUGAAAAGGCUGGAAUUAAAAAUGAAGCAGAUAAUGAUGAAAAUUUUGAAGAUGAGGAGGAACUGGAAUGUACUGAUGCAGACAUUGAAUUUAUUGAAGCUGAACGUAACAUUGAUACAGAAGAUAUUCCAGAUAUAUCUGUUAAUUUCGAUGAAAAAGAAGAAACAAAAUAUGCUACACCUGAAUUGGAAUAUGGUUGGCAAAUUCAAGGUGGGAAAAAACAAUUUGCAAAAUAUAUCAGUAAUAGUUUAAAAAAUAGCAUCGCUUUGAAAGAAACUGAAGCUGAUAAUAUCAAAGACAUUUGGACUCUUGAGAUUCAGCACAGAUGGCAGUUGUAUAAGUUUUGGCUGGAACGUUAUAUUGAAGCUAAGCGGACUGAAAGUUUAGAACUGCAACAAAUAAUACGCAAGGAGUUCAAGGCACUUUCUGAAAUACGAGUUGAAGAAGAUUUGCACUUGUUAAAAGAUGCUCAUGUUAUAGGCAUGACUACUACUGGAGCAGCAAAAUACAGGGGAAUUGUUCAGAGACUGAAUCCACGAAUAAUAAUUGUUGAAGAAGCUGCAGAAAUUUUAGAAAGUCACAUUGUUACUUCUUUGGCAGAAGGUACUCAACAUGUGAUAUUGAUUGGUGAUCAUCAGCAACUACGUCCUAGUCCUACUGUACACAUGCUAGCUGUAAAGUAUGAUUUAAAUGUAUCUUUAUUUGAAAGGAUGGUAAACAACCAUAUGGAAUGUUUUCAGUUGUCUUCUCAACACCGAAUGAGACCGGAAAUAGCUGCCUUAUUGGUACCUCACAUCUACUCAUCUUUAGAAAAUCAUCCUUCUGUGAAUACAUAUGAGAGCAUAAAAGGGGUCAAUAAAAACUUAUAUUUUAUAAUGCAUAACUAUAAUGAAUUGCAAGAAUUUGACUCUAAAAGUAAAGUCAAUGAAUAUGAAGCCACUUUUAUAGUGAAAUUGUGUAAAUAUCUACUUUUGCAAGGUUAUGACCCUUCUCAAAUCACUGUACUGACAACGUAUUCCGGUCAGCUAUUUGCUAUAAAAAAGCUUUCAUCAAAAGGUUUGUUAAAAAAUGUUCAUGUUACUGUUGUCGACAACUUUCAAGGUGAAGAGAAUGACAUUAUUUUGAUAUCUUUUGUACGAAGUAACGAAGAAGGAGCGAUUGGAUUUUUGAGCAUUUCAAAUCGAGUUUGCGUAGCUUUAUCAAGAGCUAAAAAAGGACUGUAUUGUAUAGGAAAUUUUGAAUUGCUUGCUGAAAAAAGUAAAUUAUGGCAAAACAUUGUUUCUGUUCUCCAAGAAAAACAAUCCAUUGGAUCAUCUCUUCAACUAACAUGUCAAAAUCACCCUACAGUUUCUACAAUUGUUAGCCAUGAAAAAGAUUUUGAUGCUGUCCCUGAAGGUGGUUGUACUCGUAAUUGUGAAUUUCGUCUUAUGUGUGGCCACACCUGUUCUUUAAUGUGUCAUCCAUAUGACAGUGCUCAUGAAACGGUACGAUGUUUGAAAUCCUGUCCAAAAACAUGUAAUGUAGGCCAUAAAUGCAGAAAAAAAUGUUAUGAAAAGUGCGGACCAUGCAAAGAAAAAGUCUCUGUACAAAUACCUUUUUGUGGCCAUCUUAUGGAGGUGGAAUGUCAUUUGUCAAAUGAAGUUUUAAAAUGCACUAACCCAUGCCAAAAGUAUCUAAAUUGUGGACAUAGAUGUUUAAAUAAGUGCUCUGAUGCAUGUAUUGUAAAAUGCACUGAAAUGGUGAAGGUUAAAUCCGAAGUUUGUGGCCAUGUUGUGGAGAUACGAUGUUGUAAUUCAAAAUGCGUGGAGGAACUUGUUUCGAAAUGUGAAGAACCAUGCCGACAAAACUUGUCAUGUGGCCAUAUGUGUGCAGGCAAAUGUAAUGUUUGUUAUCAGGGUCGUUUGCAUGUAGCAUGUAAGCAAAGGUGCCAACGAAUUUUAAUAUGUGGGCAUGAGUGUAAAUCACCUUGUUCUAAGAGCUGCCCACCUUGCAAGAAAAAGUGUGAUAACAGAUGUGUGCAUAGUAAAUGCCCUAAAAAAUGUGGCGAACCAUGUGAAACAUGUACUGAACUAUGUGCUUGGUCUUGUAAGCAUUACACCUGUAAGCAUCUAUGUGGUGAAUUGUGUAACCGUGAUUCUUGUAACGCUCCAUGUGAAAAAUUGUUAAAGUGUAAUCAUCCAUGCAUUGGAUACUGUGGUGAACCGUGUCCCAAUGAUUGCCGAAUAUGUGAUGAGAAAAAAGUGAAAACCAUCUUUUUUGGUUUUGAAGACGAAGAAGAUGCUAGGUACAUAGUUCUUGAAGACUGCGGUCAUUAUUUUGAAUCAGAGGGUCUCUCUCACUGGAUGACCGACAAAGAAGAUAAUUACGAAAUUCAGAUGAAAUUUUGUCCUACUUGCAAAACUGUAAUCAGAAAAAAUUUACGAUUUGGAGAUGUUGUCAAAAAAUGCCUUGCUGAUAUAGAAAAAGUAAAACGUGUAACUUAUGGAGACAAAAACAAAAAUAUUCAGCUGCAAAAAACCUUACUUAACAAUACAGACCCUGAAGUUUUUCAAAUAUGUCAGCCGCUGAAAAAAGUUUUAUUGUCUGGAAAGAGUAGAAGUAUUCAAGAAAUAACAGUUAUGGAAAAUGUUAUUAAGAUAAUUACAAAAUUAAUCGACAUUACUCAUGAUGGUUCUUUGCCCUUCUGUAUGAAAACAAUUGAUGAAAUAAAGUGUUGUCGACCACUAAUAAAUUAUGUGAAUGAAACAAAAAAAUGGCUUCUUUGUUUCAUAGGUGUUGAGUAUCUGAAUGCAUCUGAUCAACAGCUGGAAGACUUGAAUUGGGAAGUCUAUCGCCUUGCAUUUAUUAAAACCUUCUUGAAAUUUAUUCGUGAGAGAUGUAAAACUUCUGCUAUGUUGGCUAAUCCACAUGUUAAUAAUAUAGUUCAGUGCCUUUUAAAAUAUAAAGCUUUUCGGAAAACUGAUGAGAAAAUGUUCUUGUCAGAGAUGGAUAAGUUGUGCAAUUCCUGGGGUACCGCUGUUCUAAAUGUAUCUGAAGUAGAAAAAAAAUCAAUUUUGAAAGCGAUGGGUUUAUCAUUAGGUCAUUGGUAUCAAUGCCCCAAUGGACACGUAUAUUGCAUUACUGAAUGUGGUGGAGCUAUGGAAGAAGGAAAGUGUUAUGAAUGCAAUGAAAAAAUUGGCGGGAGGAAUCACAGAUUGCUGGAUACUAAUCGCGUAGCUCGAGAAAUGGAUGGUGCUACUCAGUCUUCAUGGCCGGGAACAAUGAAUUUAGAAGAUUAUCGUUUUUAAUCACUAUUUAUGGGGGAUUUGACAUUUUCACAUGGGCAAGACGGGCUGGUAGUCUCAUGUAUAGAAAUUUGCUUUUAAUAUGUGAAAUCCUCAAUAAAAUUGCCUCUUAAAUUUUGUUUAAAUAGAAAUUUGGACUCUGAAGCAUUUUUAUCAGAUUAUUUACAGGAUUUGUAAGCUCCGGGAAAACCUGGAAUUGUCAUGGAAAAUGACAUAGUUAAAAAUGUCAGGGAAUUUUGUAAAUUUCCCCCCAAAUUAUUUUUUUACAGGGAAUUUUGUACCAUGAGAUCAAGUCAAAACAAAGCAGAAUUAAAUGUUUUCUUUUCUGAAAACUAAUGAAAGUAACACAAAAUGUGCUGCAUUUUUUCUUUAAAUAUAUAAUUUUCUUGAGAAAUGAAAAAUUUUGUUCUUAAAACUUAAUCUUAUCCUCCUUGCUUUGGACGCAAAUGUGCUAAAAACUUUUCAACUGAAUUGUAGUUGCAUGAAGAUUUGUUAUUUUUAAAUUGUUUUCAUGCUACAAGUUCAAAAUAUUAUUUCUUAAUUUUUCGCAUAGCCGCCAUAUUUGAUCAUUCUCAAGAUGGAAGUACACAAGACUUUAAGUGCCUAGGCUUACAAAAACGGCAUUUGUUGUUUAUUGCAAUGCAAACUCUUGAAAAUAACGCAAAAUAGGCCCUCUUUUUUUUAAUGGAUAAUCUAUAAUUAUUUUCUAGAAAAAUGCAAAAUUUUAUCUUCAGAAAUUUUUUAAAUUCUAAUUUAUUUAGAUGCUUAUGUGCUAAAAACUAACUAUUUUGUCAUAAUUGUAGUUUUUUUAAGGGUUAUUAUUUGGUUAUAACUACUUUUAUGCUACAAAUUCAAAAAUCUACUUAUUAUCUUAAAUUUUGCACAUAGUCGUCAUAUUUGGUCAAGUAAGUAGAGGUAAAUUUCCAAAAACAGAAUUGGAUGUUUAUCUCAAUAUAAACUAUUGAAAACAACAUAAAAUGUGCAAUGGAUUACACACUUUUAAGAAUUAAUUAUUUUCUAGAAAAGGAAAAUUUUAAUUUUGAUGUAAGCAUCCUUUUAAUUUAGAAAAGAAAGCAAAAAAGAUGAUUAUUGUCAUCGGCCAGUAGUAAACAAAUUAGAGCAGUUUUGAACAUAACAAAAAAAAAGGAAAAAAAAAACAAAUUUUGAGAGAAAAAAGAAAAAAAAUUUCAAGAUUUUUUUUAAAUCUAAGGGGAAAAGUUUCAGUUUUUAUGCAUUGCUACUUUAAACAAUUUUAGUUUUUUUGAAAAUAUUGUUAUUUAAACUUAAUUUUGAAUGAAGUGAGUAGCCUGGAAUUUUUUAAAAAACAACCUGGAAAAGUCAGGGAAUUUUUUUUAACCAUGAGUGCAUGAACCCUGAAUUUAACUAUCUGCAUGAAAGUUUAAUCUUAAUUCAAGAUUGUAUAUAAACUGAUUAUGUAGCUUGGCAAAUUCAUGAUUUAUAUAUAGUAUUGUAUCUAUCUUAUAUACUGAUUACGUAUCUUGGCAAACAGAUAGCAGGACCGAGAAUUUACCACAGCUUUGUGGAUUCCCCCCCCCCCUUUUUUCAAUUGGAAAAAAUACCGCUCUUUCAUUUCCAUUAGUAUAGUGAGGAAGAAAAUGUAUAGAAAGAAGUGAAUGCUACAUGAGCAUUAGUGUUUGCUGUUGGGAAAAAAUAAAAUAAGUUUCACUAAUUAAAGUUGUCUUAUUCAGGGAUACUUUCUACACAGGCUUUAACUUCAUCUUUUGAUUACAUUGUAAAAGUGCUGCAUUAAGUUGGCCAAUGGCCAUUAGUAUAAAAAAUUCUGCAAGGCGCAGGUCAAUUUCCCUUCUAGCACGAGAGAGAAAAAUAAACUUAAAGUGAACAAAUGGUACCUUUGUUUCUGAGCGCUUUGCAAAUGGUAAAUUAAGUUCAAAACCA